AUGACCUUUGCCACACUUGUAUCUUUUUUUCUUACACUUUCUCAUUCACUAACGUUACAAUCAGACAUUGAAGCUCUUCAAGCCUUGAAACUUUCUGUUGAUCCAAACAUGAUUCCACCAUCAUCGUACCUCACUACUUGGGAUUUCUCCAUUGAUCCAUGCGAUAAUAUAGGUCCCAAAUUUCUAGGAAUCUUAUGUUCUUCCCCUUCAAACAAUUCGAAAAGCCGAAUAACAACACUUGAACUUGAUGGCGCCGGAUAUGAUGGCUUUUUACCACCCAGAAUAGGAACCCUUACUGAACUAACCUCCCUUGAUCUUAGCAGAAAUAGAUUCAGAGGGCCAUUGCCUGAUGCCUUAAAGAAUCUCAACAAGCUAACUAGACUUUCUCUUUCAGGCAAUUUUUUCACCGGCGGUAUCUGGACAUGGAUAUACAGAUUGAAGAAGGUUGAAAGGAUAGACUUAAAGGAUUCCCAACAUAUAUGCAUUACAAAAGCUCCAGAUAUUGGACCUUGA